CUAGUGUUGUGUCAACGCGACUAGUCGUUAGUCAGGAGGCGAUCUACCCGCACGCUGUUUAGCAACUCGCGUGGGCUCGAUUGGCUAUGCGCGGACUGCAUGUAGUGUGUGAACCACCCGGCCGUACGUGUUACCUCAACGGAUCGUUUGGAUUUGUACACUCACGUCGCCACUGAAUGAUACCAUUAUCAACACGGCUAUUGAAAGGCUAGCGCUCACAUGAUCGCAACAAACCAAACCCGAUGGAGUUUGAAUGAUAAAAAUCGCCAACCGUCAGUUACUGUGGAAUAUCGUUCACCGAUGACAACUGCCGGCUGGAUAUAAACUCGUCUCAAAUUGCUGGAUUUUUUUAAAAAUAUUUCGUGGGAUUUGAUUCAAUUUUUUGGAACUUUCCAAAAUGGAUGGAGACAGAGUUUUCAUCGCUGAUUGCAUCAAGAAGAGAAGAUCUCGACAUGGGAAAGUUGAGUUCCUUGUCAAGUGGAAAGGCUGCCCAAGCAGGAUGAACACGUGGGAACCUGAAUACAACAUCCUGGAUCCUGUGCUGAUCUUGGAAUUCGAGGAAAGGAUCGCUGAGCAGUAUAGGAAGGGAAGACCCGGCCGUAAACCAGCCAACCUUAAGGAUUUGAAGAAUAAGAGACGUGAACUUCUGGCCAAGUGCAAGGAAUAUCAGCUUCUGUCAGAGCAGGCCAAGUUGAAGACGCUUCACGAGCAGGAGACGAAUGAGUGUCCAGACGAUACGGAAGCCCGUAACGGCCAUGGCAACGAAGAAGCGAGUACCGACAUGGAGACGCCAGACGCUAAUGGAAAUUUCCCCCAUACGGACAAAGACAUGAUGAAUGGGCAACAGAAGACGGUCAAAAAACCCAGUUUCUUGCAACUCAAGGAGACCAGCUCCCUGACCGGUAAUUGUCGUGAUGCUACAUCACCCAUCGCUGGUUGCCUUCCCUCACCCACCGCACCCAGACCACCACACAGUGCCACCUACAUGGGUUGUGACACGCCCAUCGCCUCCCCCAACUCCAUGGAUUCUAAGCCUCCCUCCCCAACCACCAACGCCACCACUCCUACCAACACCGUCAAGCUGGGCAAGUUUGCCUUACUGAGGAAGUACCGUGACUCCAUGGAGGAAAGCUCGCAGAUUAGCGUGACCAACGUGACAAUCGGUGACGUGACAAUUGCCAUCGCGGAGAGUAACACUCCUAAGGGAUUCUUUAGAAAGUACGAGCCCGAAUCUGCCUGCUGGUGAAGAAACUAUGAAUGAGAAGAACAUGAGAACAGUCUGGCAACAACUGAGAACAGUCUGACUGAUGAUGAAGACUGUGUGACUCGUGUUACCGAAUUUAAAACUCAUCGGUGAAGUCACCUUGUCACAAAACGAAUUUGUUUUCGUGAGACAGUCGUCAGAGUAAAGGAAACUUAAAGGAAACAAUGUGAGGUGGAUGGAAUUAUAUGUGGAUGCAAAAUACAUAGGUUGUGAUGUUGACGAAGAUUCUUGAUGAGACAGUGAUGGUUAAUAUGGCGUAGGAUAGACUGGACGGAAUAUCAUCGCUCCUGGCAUGUCCUUGGUAUGGUGCUGUUUGGAAAUGUGUGAGAGAGAGAAAAAUCAAGUGGAUGGAGCUUACGAGAAACAAACAAAAAUGUCACGAGUCCUGAAAAAAAAUGGAAAACAAAACUAGAGGCAAAAAAGGUCACAGAACCCUGUUAAUCAAUGGCAGAUGUCAGAUUAUGAUAGAGUUUUUGGUUUAGUUUUACGAAAGCGAACUUGAACCCCUGUUACACACCUGUUUGACAUUGGUAAGCAGGUGGUUUAAUUGGGAACAAGAAAGACGAUGUUUUCCAUGUCCUAAAUUUUAAUCUUUUUUGUGGCUAUAAGCCGCUUCGAUGGGUUCCGUAUUAUAGACCAGAACCAUGCCAAAGCUUGGUAUAGGGCUACGUUCGGCCUGUAGAUUGUAUAGACUUCAUUCGCGUCGUGCGUUACCAUGAAAACAGGAUUUGCAGUAUUUUGCUGUUUUCUAGCAAGGUGAUAUGUUUGCGCGUAUACGUGGGAAAAGUGGACCCGUUUUAAUAAAAUCGGAAACAUGAGUCAUGGCAUUUGAAAGUGAUGAUUGAACUGAGUCCUGUAAACUUCCCACGCAUGCAUUUGGGAUAGCUAGGCCUACUGCUGUUCACAACAUAGAAUUGAUCAAUAUGGAAGCAUCAUGUCAAAUUGUAUUUUUUAAAGCCAAACCGUUAAAUAUCCGCCCUUUUAGUAAUGCUAAAUUGAGUUUUAACAUUUUGUUUUUAAUUUUCAAAUAUGCCUUGUAUGUUGUUUUUUCUUUAACCGUCGAAAUGUAAAGGUUAAAUAAUGUGCAAUUUUAUGAUGGCACUUGUUUAAACGGAGUAAAGUGUUUAGUGUUUUCUUAGAUCUUAAGCUUAUGACUCCUAAGAUUUGACGUUUAGUUAAGAUUUAAACAAACCUGUAUAAGUGUCUCUUAAAUGAACCGGGUACAUUUUAAUGAAGGAAACGGUUCUCACUUUAUUAUUUUUAAUUUUUUAUCCAGAAUCAUUACCCGUCAAAGUCCUAAAAGGGAAUCGGUCAACAUGUACCCAGACCAUGAAAAGUGUAGGACAAAGAAGUGUCAUGGUAUAGGCCCCAAUCUUUGGUCGUGAUCCAUUUGCGAGGCCUGCUUAUUGGUGCAGUUUAUGUCAAUGUAGUAUGACCUUUGAACUCGGAAGUACAGGCCUACUCCCUGUCCCGUACAUCGAGCUAAAUACAAUAUUGUAAAACUAAACCCAAAUGAAAUUAUAUUAAAAUGUAGAGUUUAACACUAAAACACAGCAUGAGGCUAUUUUAGCCAUAUAUAAUAUUCCGGUCUAUACUUAAUAAAUACGCAUUCAAAUAAACAAGAUU